GUUUGCUUGAUCGUGUGUUUUUGUGUUUGCUAUUAUGAAGUAGGUCGCAGUUAGCGUGCACAGAAGUGCCUGAAGAUACCUUGUGCCAUGCUGCAAACUCGCCGUAUGCGUGGCGCGCCAGGCAAAUGUGGCCCAACGAUUUUAUGCCGUGGAGUGCGGCCUCUUUGUUUUCGUUCUGGAAAGUUGGGUGGACGUCGCAAAGAAAUAAUGUGUGUUAGCGCGCCUCAGCUCGUCCACUACGCUGCGGCAUGUAUGCGGGGAGUAACAUCGUCGACGCAGCACCGGCAACUUGGAGAGCGCUUCGCGACCGCGUCGUACCAUUCAAAAGUGGCGAGGCUGUGACCCAUAACAGUGCCCACAUAACGGAGGAGCCACCAGACCCCUUGGCUAUGCCUGCCGUAGUGCAACGUGUAAUCUGGAUGGUCGGGUCAGGUACACCUAGGAAAUGUUGUAUACAUUGGCAACCAAAACUGGGGCCUGGUCCAGUGCCAUUGCCGGGAUUCCCUGUUCUGCAAAGAACUGGCAUAACUGAUGUGGGGAGCCCUGGCGCUCGGCUUAGGAGCGUCACAGGGGCUCCUGGUCGGUGCUUGAAAGACGGCAAUGCUGCUGAGAAGCCGACAUUGCGCCCCGAUAAAUUGGAAGCUUUCAUGUACCUGUGA